AUGUACUAUAAAGAUUUCGCUCACCAGGACAGAGACUUAAACGCCGAGCCGCCGAGUGUGUAUCAGCUCGGAGUCCACACGGCGCAGGGAGGUCGGAUGGCGGAGGCGCGAAAACUGAUGUCCAAGAUUCUGGAAAAUUUGCGGUGUACACGUGAGAGACAAGUGCCCCCUCCGGGGACGCAUGAGUCAGCUUUGAACGCGUGGGACUUAGACUGGGAAAAAAUAGAAGAGACGCUCCCACCGUUCGCGCAGCAUCCGAGUGGAUUUUCGUACUGGAUUUUGCAUGUCAUGCCGAUGGCAAUUGAAAACGACUUCCGACACCUUGUACUCUCUACGGAUGACGUUCUCUUGCGCUUGCAGCUGAUUUUCGAGAGGAUGCAACCGCAAUCUAUGCAAGUUUUCGCACCACUGCAGCACCACUGCAGUGCCGUCAGCUGCGUAGCUGAAGCAAGAAUGGUGCGAUUCAUGUCUAACGCGUGGACUUGGGAACGUGGGCACGAGCUGUUCCCGGUUGUCUGCGCAUCUCGUAUCAUGGUGGCGCCGGGAGGCGGUUUUGAGCGAUGGGUUGUCGUCGCGGGUAAGCAGAACGAUGUCAGGGUAAUUCAUUCCGCUGGUUCGUACCACCCGGACUACACGUGGUUCCAAGGAUACGCUUGGCGCGCUGUUUCAUGCCGCGACUGCUCGACCUUCAUUGGAUUCCACUUCACUCCAACCAGAAACGAGAAAGAGCUCGAGCGCGUCAGACGAGAAUCCCAAGACUGGCCUCAACGAGCCGCUCCCUGGGCCUCCGGAACCCCAUCGAGUUUUUAUCUCUUCAAAGAUCUCGCGCACGGUUGGUCGCUCGACGCUGAAGACGAAAUUCUUGGUGAUGUAGACUACGACUCGCUGUAA